AUACGCAAAAGCGUCACUCGGGUUCUGCUCGCGAAGCUGACGAACCUAUUGCCAUGCUGCUGAACGUCAGAAAAUUGUUUGGCAUUCUCCUUCUUCAGUUCAUCACCUAUGGCCAGGCUGAGGACAUACUGGUGACCGUGAACGAGGGCACGCUGCUGGGAACCACAAAAACCAGCCUCUACAACACGACGUACGCGGCCUUCCUCAGCAUCCCAUACGCUGCGCCGCCGCUUGGAGCGAUGCGUUUCGCUGCGCCGCAGCCAGCAGCAGGCUGGGUUGGAGUGCGGAACGCCACCCAGUACGGCAGCGACUGCGUCCAAGAGGACGGCAGCGGCUCGGAGGACUGCCUCUACCUGAACGUGUACGUGCCGGGCGUUCCAGAAGAGGGUGCCAAGCUGCCCGUCAUGUUCUGGGUGCAUGGUGGGGGGUUCGUACGUGGUGGGGGCUCGGACCGCGAGUACGGACCAGACUUCCUCGUCUCCUACGGUGUCAUACUCGUCACCAUAAACUACCGGCUGGGGGCUUUAGGGUUCCUGGGUACGGGAGACGAGGUGGUUCCCGGUAACGCAGGCAACAAGGACCAACAGCUGGCGCUGACCUGGGUGCAGAGGAACAUCGCCAGCUUCGGCGGCGACCCUCAGCUGGUCACGCUGUUUGGGGAGAGUGCUGGUGCCAUGUGUGCGUCCUUCCACCUGGUGUCACCGCUGUCUGCAGGACUCUUCUCAAGGAUCAUUAUUCAGAGCGGCAACUUCAUCGGACGUCCAAAUACCUUGGAGCAGGCCCGCUGGAACGCUUUCAGACUGGGAUCCAUACUUGGCUUGGAAACGAAUGACUCACAGGAGCUGGUUGAAUUCCUGCGUUCUCGCGACGCAGCGGACCUGGGCGUUGAUCACUCCGUCUUCUUGACGGAUGAGCUGAAGGUUUUAUUUAGCUACGGUGUGUGGUCACCGCACGUCGAACCAAACCUCGAAGGCGCCUUCCUCACAGAGUCUUCAAUCCAGACGCUCAUCGACGGCCGUUUCCACAGGGUGCCCGUCAUGACAGGAGUCACCUCCGGAGAGCUGGGUUACCAAAUACUGAACAGCACAGAGAAAAUCGAGAUACUCAACAGCCAAUUCGUCGAGUCGGUGGCACCCUGUUUGCAUCUUUCGACUGCAGAGCAGCAACAGGAAGCAGCUCUCAAGCUGAGGGAGUUCUACUUCGGCAACGAUACUAUCUCUACGGACGAUGCUGAAUCUCUUGUGAAUUUCAACAACGACAUGAUGUUUUUCGAGCCAACGGACGCGCUGGUUAAGAAAGUGGCCGAGCUAAGUGACACACCAGUGUUCUAUUAUGAAUUCGACUAUCGUGGGGAUAUCGUCGAAUCAACUAAGUGGGGGACGAAUCACGCUGGUGACAUAUUCGUGCUCUUUGUGAGAGAUGAUACUGUAUGUAACCUGGAUCCAGAGUCAGAGGAGGAUCAGGUGCGCAGGAAUAUGGUUCGGUACUGGACCAACUUCGCUAAGUAUGGAAAUCCAACCCCGGAGGCGGAUCCUGUGAUCUGGGAGCCGUACGACAAUGUGACCCGCAGCUACAUGCUGAUGCAGUCCAACUUCUCCCUCGCUCACAACAAAGACGCAGAGCGGAUGGACUUCUGGUACCAGAACGUUCCGCUGCAACCAUACGCUGACAACUUCUAGAAAAAUAUGGAGAGAUUAGACAACCUAAAGCUUCCUGAGACAUGAGACAAAAUGUUUACUCUAUUAUCAUAAUUACAUAGUAUCGUUUGAUGGCCUAGUAUUGUGUUACCAAUAUGUAAAAAUGACUACAACUCCAGCUGUGGAUAAGUAGUUAUUGUUCUACGCAGAUUAAUUCAGUACAAAUAA